GUGGGUUUGGCUGGACUGUGAUAGGGACAGAUGUCUAGAAAACUGUGAGGAGCACUCCUCGGUUACAACACAGUCCCGGACUGCAGCUCGGAGAGCAGGGGCGGAAUCUGCAGCUGUCACUCCAAAAGGUUUACCUCCAUUAUCACAUCCAGCCGGAGAUUGGAGAAGAACUGAUCCCUCUCUAGAAACACAGGAGACAUCAUGGGAGGCAAAUUAAGCAGAAAAAGGAAAGGAUAUGAUGUCAGCGACCCCAAAGACAAGAAGGAUGAGGCUGCAGCAACACCUGCUGGUGCAGAAGAGUCUGCUAAAGUGGAAGAUGGAGCCCCACCCACAGCAGCCGAGGUGCCAGCUCAGGCAGACAGUGUGGUAGAGGAGACUGCUGUGUCAGCAGUGGCAGCAGAAACUGAAGCUGCAAAACCUCCAGAGGAACCCAAAUCUGCACCUCCAGAAGAACCGGCUGCUGCAGUUACAGAGGAGGCUGCUCCUAAACAGGAAUCAGCAGUUGAGGAAGCAGCACCAGCAGCUGAAGAACCAGUUGCAGCAGCAGUGGAAACACCUCCUGUUGUAGAAGAAAAAGCUGCAGCAGCGGAGGAAGCAGCGCCAGUAACAGAAGAAGCAGUUGUAGCAGCAGUGGAAGCAGCUCCUAUUGCUCAGGAACCGGUUGCAGCAGUAGAAGCAGCUCCCGUUGUAGAAGAAAAAGCUGCAGCAGCAGAGGAAGCAGCGCCAGUAACAGAAGAAGCAGUUGUAGCAGCAGUGGAAGCAGCUCCUAUUGCUCAGGAACCGGCUGCAGCAGUAGAAGCAGCUCCCGCUGUAGAAGAAAAAGCUGCAGCAGCAGAGGAAGCAGCUCCUGUAGCAGAGGAACCAGCUACAGCAGCAGAGGAACCAGCUCCAGAAAUAGAAGAGCCAGUUGUUGCAGCAGAGGAAUCUGCUCCAGCAGUAGAAGCAGUACAGGAACAAGUUCCAGUAGAGCUCCCAGUGACCACAGCAGAAACAGAGGAAAUCUCUGCUCCAGCACCAGAAGAACCUGUUCCAGUUGAAGUUGAACCCGAGUCUGCAUCUGCAACUGAGGAACCUCAUGUAGAAGAACCUGCUGUAGCCGUAGAAUCUGUGCCAGAACCAGAAAUUGUUGUAGCCAGCACAGAGGCAGCACCUGUGGACCAGGAGCCAGAGCCAGAACCAGAACCAGAACCAGAACCAGAGCCUGUACCAGAGACUGUUACUGUGCCUGAAGUCACUGUGGAGGAGGCAGUGGUACCUGCUGUUGCCUCUGAACCUGAACCAGUGGCUGAGCCAGCAACAGUGCCAGUGCUGGAGUCUGCCCCGGAACCAGAACCGACCAUAAAGGUAGAGCCAGAACCUGAACCAGAGCAAGCCCCAGAGGCAGAGGUCCAACAUUCACUAGAGCCAGAAGCUGAGCAAGAUGCUGAGGCAGUGAAACCUCCAGCAGAGGAACAAGUAGAAGAAAGUGAACCAGAAGUAACAGAAGUCACAUCUGAUGUUACUGAACUUGGGACUGUGGAAGCAGAAGCAUGUGAGAUCUUGGAAGCUGCAGCAGAGGACGUCUCCACUGAAGCCUCCAACACUGAGGCAGCAGCUGAGCCGGAAGCAGCAGAACCUGUCCCUGAUAUUGUCGUCUCAGAUUCUGUCUCUGCCAGUGAAAUUACUGCGGAACCAGAAAAGGCAGCCGAAGAGGUGCCUUGCCCAGAGCCUGAGGUAGAAACCAAGAUGGAAAAUGGAGAAUUAGAGAGCCCUUCUCUUACACCGGAUGCAGCAGAAGUCGAUGCACCACCUGCUGUGAAUGGAGAGUGCAGAGAUGCUGCUGCUGCCGUGGCCACACAGGCAGAGGAAUGUGUUAAUGGGAAUGAAAAGCUCGAGGAGACGCCUAUCAAGGAGCAGAGUGACUUUGAACUGAAAAAGGACGUGAACCUGAGCGGGGACGUCCAGGAAGUUCCCGAUGCAGUCUCAGACAUGGUGGAGGGUCUCAGCACUGAAGUCACUCAGGCAGUCUGAACAGAAGCCAGCUUUCAAAUCAGUGUGAAUUCAGUUUAAUCCCCCCGAUGGUGCAAGAAAGCGAUCAAGGUAUCACAAACACAGCUAGGCUUUCUGAAAUGCUGUAACCACUGUAACGUCUGUAGUGGUAACUCAGGCAAAAGGAUGUUUUCUCUUGAGUAACCAAAAAAUGAAACGCAACCACUUGAGGAUAGAAUGAGACGGACAGACAGAAAUUGAUAGUAAGUGUGAUGAAAGUGCAGAGAAGAGAUUUGGGUUUGGAAAUUUGAGUGCAGACAGACAGUGAAGCUAGACAGCAUGGCAAGAACCUAUGGACAGUAAAUAUGAUAUUAAGGAAUGAAACAAAUAAAUCUGUCUGCGUGUGAGGUCGAAUAACAUGACAAAGUGGUUUAUUGGAAAAGCAUUCAUUAUUAGUAUAUUAUUUGAUUUAGAAUUUCAUAUAUCCUUUCUAUUACUAUAUGCAGAGACAUGACACGUGUUUUGGCCUUUUAUAAUAAUGGUACCUGUGAGGACUUUUAAUUUUAAACUGAUUGUUCAGAAUAGAGAAUAAAAAGAGAUUGUUAUAGUCUA